AUGUCCCAAUCUUCCACUCGCGCUUCAACAGAUCCUGAGGGCUAUAUGUGUACGAACUGUGGAAGAUUCGUCAAGUUCACUAUAUGCCAAUCGGAUGCCAAUGGAAAUUGUGGUUGGUUAAUAGCCAGGUGCAAGGACUCAAACAAGGAGGGGGUUCCAUGCAACUUCUUUAGGUUCAAGAAGGGUUCAACCAAAUCUCCUGCCUCAUUGCCUAACCCCUCCCUAUCAACAAGUACAACAAUAGGUGUCCUUCCGGCAUCAGCACCUCCCACUGUCCCAUCGGAUCAUUCUGCGCAGGCUCCAACCGAUGCAUGUCCUACCGCGGGAUGUGGGCAAAAGCAUAUUGCCCCGCUUUGUCCACAGCGCCUUUGUUGCAAGCACUGCCGCCAGCUGGGUGGGUGCCUUGUGAAAACCCAUUUGCCUGACAAAGUUUCGCCUCCUACAAAUGUUCCCCCGCCUUCUCUGGACUCUUUGCCUGCCCUCGCCUCACUCCCACACCAGCCUCCCUCAUCUUUGCUUCCUCUUGCCCAAGCUCAAUCAUUACCACCCCAAUCACCUGAUCAACUUUGUUGCAAACAGGAGCUUCUCGAAGACCGACACCAGCGUGAUGCAGAGUGUAUUCAAAAUGAAAAGUGUUCCAAGCAAAGCCUCAUCGUUUACACCUGGAAUCAAGAUGCCUCCCCCCCUCUUAUCCAACUGUUCCAAGCAGGAUUUACCUGGCCCUUCUUCAUCCUCACCACUGAGAUUAUUUCCCUCAUUGGACUCGCUGACGCUGCUGAUCAUGGAGGGCUUCAAAUGUACGAAACCGCGUCACUUGGUGCUUGGGUGCACAUUGAUGGUGGACACACCCUAGAGCCGGAACUGACCACAAACAACCCCAUUGAGCUCAGUGAUGGUGAAGAACGCCGGUGGCCGGGGGAUUUCUUCGUUGACAAAGUCGUUCCUGGUCUUCAGGAGCACAAAAAGACAACAAAAGGACAGCACAAGGCUGCCUUUGAACAAUGGUAUCCUGGUGUUGUGUAUCAUUGCUCAACUGUUUUUAAUGAAGUCAAAAAGUGGAAGGAGGCUCUGGCACAGCUCAAGGACGUGUGCCUAGGUGGAGAAAGAAUCUGA